AUGCGAUGCGGACUACGAUUACUAUGCUGCGGUUUACUAGUCAUCUUCGUCCCGCUAUACCUCCUCGAGCGGCAUCUUCACGAUCUGUAUAAUCAGUAUCACGCUGGAGAUUAUGUGGUUGAUUGGUGGAAAUACAAACAACCCAGCUACAAGGAUGUGGCUGCGCAGACGACUCCCGGGGAUAAGGUGAUUGUCAUGGCCAAGUUGGAAGAGGAACAGACGAACUGGGUGGAGGAAGAAUUGCCGGACUGGCAACGUGCGAUCUACAUUGUGAACCCCUCGAGCACCGAUGAAGACAUACUCACAACACCCGUGAACAAGGGCCACGAGUCCAUGGCCUAUCUAACCUACGUGAUCGACCACUACGACAAACUUCCCUCGACCAUCGCCUUCCUCCAUUCCCAUCGCUCCGGUUUCCUAAUGGCAUGGCACGUGGAUGCGCCACUCCACGACAACGUCGCCGCCAUGCGCGCCCUCCAAACCCCUUUCGUCCAACAAAACGGCUAUGUCAACCUCCGCUGCAACUGGAACCCGGGUUGUAAGGAAAAUCACCGCCACAACAAGCACAUCACGGAAGAAGUGUGGACGGAGGUCUUUGCGGGAACGAGCACCCCUCCGCUGAACGCUAGCGAGUCGGCCAGCAUUGCGACUGAUUUGCGAUUUGGCCAGGAUCAGAAAUACAUGCUGAUGCCGCAAUUCGUCGGUACUGCUUGUUGCGCGCAGUUCGCUGUGUCAAGAGAUCAGGUGCACAAGCGUCCGAGGGAGGAUUAUGUCAAGAUCCGGCAAUGGAUUAUUGAUACGGAUAAGUCCGAUGCUGUUAGUGGACGUGUUAUGGAGUUUUUGUGGCAUGUUAUUUUUGGCAUGGAGUCGGUUUAUUGCCCCGACGAGGAACUCUGCUACUGCCAAGUCUACGGACAAUGUUAG